UAGAGAGAGGGGGGGGUUUGCUGCUUGGGCGCAGCCGCAGACACAUUGGAAUGCAUUUGUGUGUACGUUUACACUUUUCUUCGACUUUUAUCGACUCUGUUCUGGGUGGAAUUGCUGUGUUAUUGAAUUGUGAAGGUGAUUUAUCCUGAUCUGAGCAGCUUUUAUUGAUUCAUUCUGGAUAGUAUGCCGAGUGAACACAGAUGAAGGAAAUAAAGUGUGUGCUCGUCGGAGACGGGGCUGUGGGAAAAUCAUGCCUUAUCAUCACCUACACCACCAACAAUUAUCCUGAGGAGUUUAUUCCCACUGUGUUUGACAAUUUUUCUAUCAGUGUGACAGUUGAUGGGAAUCCAGUGGACCUGAGACUUUGGGAUACGGCAGGACAGGAAGAGUAUGACAGGCUUCGAGCACUUUCCUAUCCUGACACAGAUGUGUUCUUGAUCUGUUUCUCUAUUGUGAGUCUAGAAUCACUUUAUAAUGUCCGUUGCAAGUGUACUUCAGAGGUCAGAUGUCAUUGCCCCAAUGCUCCAAUAAUAUUAGUUGGGACUAAGCUUGAUCUGAGAAAUGACAAGGACGCUAUUAAACGUUUAAAAGAGAAGGGACUGACCCCUGUCACCCAACACCAAGGCCAAAAAAUGGCCAAAAAAAUCAGAGCUGUGAGGUAUCUGGAGUGCUCAGCUUUAAAGUUGGUUGGCAUUAGGGAAGUGUUUGAUGAAGCGAUCCGUGAGGUUCUGUGUCCGUCUACUGUGCAAAACAGGAAGAGGAAGUGUUCAAUCCUCUGAACUGACUGCUGUGUUUGCUGGCAAAGAAAAAACUAUUGAGAAGCUGUUCUAGAAAUAAUGUGAUUUAUUAACAGAUCAUUCAUUGGUGUAACCAAACAUAUAUUGGUUUGCAUACAUCAGUUUAAUCAGUUAUAUAUUGUUUUACUCAAGUUCAAAUGUUCAUUUUGGUUUGAUUAAGGAUUGUAGUGAACCUGGUGUUUCAGUGUGCCAAAUGCAAAUAGAACAGCCCAAUGCAGAUGUUCUCAUUAAAGGUCGUUUAAAACUUAAAAUCUACUUCAUUAAACACCAUGUUCAUGCA